AUGGAUCCUCAUGAUGAUGACCCUCUGGACUAUACUGCCCACCGACUUCUUCCUCACGGACUGUUGAUGGCCUAUCCUCAGCGACAACAGCAACAGCAACAGCAACAGCAACAGCAACAACAGCAGCAACAACAACAAUACAAUUCUUACCGUCAGCAACAACAGCAGCAGCAGCAGCAGCAGCAGCAACAGCAAUUCCAGCAAUCUCAUUACCAGCAAACUUCAAGUUCUUCUUCUGCCGCUGCUACUGCCAUUUCUACACCUUAUGGUCGCAAUCCUUACUCGGAACAACCCUCAGCCAUGGUCCCAACAUCGUCUUCAGGUCACAAUUCUAAUCUCAACCAUCACAAUCACCACCACCCACAAACUUCUUCUGAUCUCACAUCUCUUCUUCUAGCCAGUGCUGCAUCUUCUCCUUCCAAUCAUCCAGGAACAGCUUUUACUUUCCCAUAUGCUCAUGGAGGGCCAUCUCCUGCUUCUUCAGCUGCAAUUCUUGGGGGUGGAAAUCUUAGUCAUGGCUUGCCCCCAAGCACUGCUGCUACAACUGGGCCUCCAUUUCUUAUGGCAUCUUCUUCUGCUGCUGCUCUUACGGCCAACAUGUCUUCUUCAUCUCUUUCACGUGCUGCAGAUUCGCCCAUGAGUUCUAGUACGCACCUUCGGAGUAAUGGUGUUGUUGCAGCUACUUCGGCAACUGGUACUGGAUUUGGAAUGGGUGUUGGAGUAGUAGGAGGUAUUAAUUCUGGUGCGGUUCUACUGGGGAUGACAAACCCUGCGUCCACCAUAAAUAAUAAUAAUAAUAGUAAUAAUAGUAAUAACAUUAGUGCCACCACCACCACCAUAGCUGUACCACAACAACAACCACCACCACAACCACAACCACAAGUUGCCACAGCCUCCUCUUGUGCUCCCGUCAGCACUACCACCACUAAUAUUUAUCACAACACCACCACCACCAAUCCAACUACUAAUAAUUAUUCUAACAAUAUUACUUAUAAUAACCCAAACAACAGUUUUCACAAUAUUCCCACAAUGGCUGGCACUGGAAUGCCAGAAAAUUCCAUGGCAUAUGCUUAUGACCAAGAAGUCUUUGCAAGAAACCGUGAACUAGCUCAGGCUGACCCUGAUUAUUCAAGGGCCAUGUCAUCAAGCAAUAAUAAUAAUAAUAAUAAUAACAACAACAACAACAACAACAACAACCAACAAACUGCCUAUGGGACUUAUCAAUACUCCAAUACCCAAAACAAUUCAUACAGCAUUUCUCAACAAGCAAGUGAUGGCCAAGAAGCUCCAGAGCUUUUUCGUCCAACUCUCUCUUCCCGGGUCAAAAAACAACAACAACAACAACAACAGCAGCAGCAACAACAACAAAGAGCAGCAGCAGCAGCAACAGCAUAUACUAGCAGCCCAUAUGGAACUGCAACACCUACCACUGUUGCAGCAACUGCAGCAUCGUCUCCAGCACCUCCAGCACCUUCUGUUGUUCGUACAUCUUCGCCAAUGGCCACGUCGACUAAUCAAUAUCAUCAACAACAAUAUGGAACUUCUCUUUUAAAGCAACCUGAGCAGUAUGCAACCCGCAUGACUCCAUCUUCUUCUUCUCCUUCUCUAUCUGCUCAAAUAACUAAUCAAACUCGACAAGCAAAGGCAACCUCUGCAGCCGCCCAUGCUGCCCAUGCAGCCCACGUUGCAGCUGCUACCGGAAGCCAAUCUGCUAUGGUUGCAGCAGCAGCAGCAGCAGCAGCAGCAGCAACAACAACGACUACAACUGCAACAGCAACCACAACCAACUCAGGCGGCGGUACAACCGGAAGCCCAAGGUCUCGUGGGGUUCGCAAGAAAUCUGAUGUCAAGGCCAAGAUUCUUUUACGCAAAGAUGAUUCUCCUUAUGGUAUCAUGUCUGGAGUUCCAACCAGUUCUAGGGCUCUUGACGAUCCAUCAUACCAAACGUAUCAAUAUUCACGAACAAAACAACAAGCAUCACAGCAGCCACCGUUACCUCAACAACAACAACAACAACAACAACAACAACAACAGCAGCAGCAGCAUCAACAACAACAGCAACAGCAACAGCAGCAACAGCAACAGCAGCAUCAGCAUCAGCAUCAGCAACAACAACAACAACAACAACAACAACAACAGCAGCAACAACAGCAUCAACAACAGCAUCAACAUCAAAGAGCUCCUGUUCCUCCUACAUCUGUUGCAGCUCCUACUGCGGCACCUGUGGUUCCACCUAAACCUCAAAUGCUUACUCUGCAAUACCUCCAACUCCAACAACAACAAGCAGCAGCAGCAAAGGGCCAACGCAGACACUACAAUGAAGGAUACAAGGACCGAAUCAAAUCUCUGGAUAAACCUGGAUCAUCUGGAUCUUACCGACUAAACUUGGAUCGGUCCCAAACAAUCAAGGAACUGCAGCACAUUUUUUCCCAAAUCUCAGCACUAGAGCCUCGGUGUCAAGCAGCACUCGAUACAUCACAAAACAGCGAGCUGCUGGCUUCAUAUGAUGAAGACAAGUGGAAUGAGAUUGCAGAUGAGCAAAUCAAACUGGUGGAGUUGUAUGGUGACUUUUUAUUUUACGCAAGUGUUGGUGGCCAAGAUGAAGACUCUUCAUCAUCAUCACGAGGACUACAGGGGCUUGUACGGAAGUAUAAGAUUCCCACCCGAAUGUGGAACUAUGGAAUUUCACUUUUUAUUGAUUCUUUGCGAGACGCACGGCCACAGUACACUGCAGUUUUGGGCCGGUUCAUUGUACACUGUAUGAAUUUGUUGAUGCUUUAUGUCGAUCCGAUUUACGAAACCCGGCAUGUAUGGAUUGAGUCACUUGGAGAUUUGGCAUUUGUUUGUUUGAUUUCGGAAGUCAAGGCGUGUGCAGACUGGCCCGAAAUGUGCAUGUACUGGUAUGGCCAACGUAUGAUGCUGACACCAGGGACUGGUCGGGUGUACCGGCACAUGGCUUCGAUUAGUAUGGUGCGCAUGGACAAGCUAUUUUAUAUUUGCAAGAGCAUGACAACGACACAGCCAGCAGACUUGGGUGAUUCUGGAGAGAUUUUGUCAAUGUUAUGGCAGCCCAAGGAUUAUAUGGCAGUGACUUCUUCGUCAUCUUCUUCUGCAGCAUCUGGGGGAGUUGAGACUGGCCCGAUUGCACAAAGUAUUCGGGAUGUUUGUUUAUUGCAUUUACAAGCCAUGGGCUACAUUGACUUUGAACGGUUUACAGUGAGCUCUACGUUAAAGACGGCCAUUAUCAAUAGUGGGUGUGCCUUUUUAGGUCGCCGAACCAAGUCAGCGGAAGAGAGGAAAGCGCAAGGAGGUGCGCUCAGUUGGCGUGACUCUCUUGUAACUGCAUCGGGUCCGCCGGACCCAAUUGUUGCGCAUGGAGCAGUUGUUGCCUUUUGCAAUAUUGCAGCACUGCUUGGACAUGGAUCACAUGACCACCCAUUAUUUCGGUUGUUUUACAUGGUUUACCAAAAGAAGCGAGCAAGCAGUAGUGGCAAGUCUGGAGGAUCCACGGCCUCAAUUCAAGAAACCCUUAGUUCCUCUGCUGAGUAUGAGCAAUAUAUUCGGCAAUUUUGGGAUUUAUCGACGGAAUAUGAGACAGCCAAGGAGGGAGAGAAUACUGGACAUGUGCAGACGGAGCUUGCGGUACGUCGGAUCCGGCAGAUUGCGAUGCCACGGCUUUUAUCGUUUGAGAUGCUCUAUGCGUUUUUAUCAGCAAAGGAGUGGCCUGUGGGGCUGCAACACGUGAUUGUAUAUCUCUACUUUUUUAUUGCGUUGUGUGAGAGUUUCCCUGCUAGUAUUGGACCUCAGUCGACGAGUCCGAAUGAUAUUAUAUAUCAUGUUUAUUUUACUGGGUUUGAUGCAGAUUUAUUUGCAGGGUACUUGAACAAGCUUGUUGAGGUUGCUGCACAGAAUAAAUUUGCAGUUGAUUUGAGGACGGGUGAGACUGCUGAGUUGAAUUAUGGUGGUAUAGCUGAGGUUCCUGAAGAUGGACUUUCGGUUGAUUUAAGGAGGCGCCGAAGGAUUGCAGAGCUUCGUCGGAUGUAUUUGAAGAAGCAAAAGCUGAGGAGGAAUAGAGUGAGAAGAGCAGGAAAUGAUUAUGGUGGUGGUGGUGGUGGUGAUGAUGAUGAUGAUGAUGUUGUUGAUAUUGAUGAAGAGGAAGAGGACGAAGUAGGAGAUGAAGAUGAUGAAGAUUUAGAAGAAGAUGAAGAAGAAGAAGAAGAAGAAGAUUAUGAUGAUAAUGUAGAUGUGGAUGUGAAUGUGGGAGAAAUGGGAGAGAAUGGUAUGAGUAAUAAAGAUAUUUAUUGGGGAUUGUUUGGGAAUAGUGGAGAAGGGAAAGUUUAUGUUGGUGAUGCAAGACAUGUUCGACCAAUUCCUAGGGUGGAGGAACGUCCAUUACCAGAAGAGUAUCAUGUUAGAGGGUUUGUAUGGGCGGCAGCACUUAGCAAGUAUCCUUGGGUGAGUGUUUCAGCUACAGCAAAUUGUGGGCAUGGGAGAGGAGCGACUGCUAGUGCUACAUCUAUUGCGAAUACUGCAGCUGCUAAUUUAGCACAUGCUUAUGAAGGGUGGGGUGAGGGUAGGAAUGGUGUGAAUAAAGAUGCUGCUACAGGGGAGGAGCAAGAGGAAAGGAAGAAAGAUCCAUUGAUUGGUCCAUUGGAGAUUGGUGUUCCUGAUGAAGCGCAUGUUGCAGCAGCAGGCCCCGAGUAUUUGGACAUUGUAAGAGUUCGUCGGGCUUUGAAGCUUGGAGUUGAUCUUGCACGGGUUUGUCCGUGGUUGGGGAUUGAUUAUAAUUCACGGAGGUUUAUUGCACGGAGUAUGUAA